AUAUGCACCGUCUGAAUUAUGAAUCGCAAGUUUAGAUGCUUACGGGAACUGGAAAUAAUUUGAGAUAUGUGAACCUGACUAAGAUAUACCAAAAAUUGGGAGAAUCUAUUUGUAAAAGCUUACCUGGAUUACAUGCAAUUACAGGAUGUGAUUACAAUCCUUCAUUUUUCAGAAAAGCAAAAUUGAAACCGUAUAAGAUAUUAAAAAAAUAUGUAGACUUUCAGCAAGCCUUCAUGAAGUUUGGUGACAGCAAAAUCAUCGAAGAUAAUAAUGAACAUAAAGACCUUUUCAAUGUUAUUCAACAUUUUAUAUGCUAUUUAUAUAAUGUUGAUAAUAUAAAUGAUGUUGAUGCUGCUAGACUACAAAUUUUUAUACACUCUUAUACAGUGUCUGAUGUGAACGAAGCUUUUAAUCGAAAAAAAUUGCGAAAUUUCGACGCUAGUAGUUUACCACCUUGUAAAAGUGAGCUACUACAGCAAUUUUUGCGAGCAAAUUAUAUAUGCGCUAUCUGGAACAAUGCUCAUUUGAAAAAACCAACAACAUAUGAACGAGUAAAUAAUGGUUGGAUUUUGGAAGAUGACCACUACCAGUUUAAAUGGUUUGAAGGGGAUCAACUACCGAAUUAUGUCAGUGAAUCGCUUAAAACCGUAUCAGAAGCAGGCGAAGAAGACGAUGUUGAUAACGAUGAAUCUAGGGAGUGGAGUAGCAGUGACGACGAAAAUGAAGAUAUCAACUACGAUGACAAUGAAGAAGAUUAAAUAUUUGAUUUAAAUAAAUUCAUUUUCCUCUAAAUUUUUUAUUA